AUGCAGAAAAUCUGGCAGCCGAGACACCAGAAGCUGGGCCGACAAACGCUCCGGCAGACACUCCCGUGGCUGCUCCGCCGGAUGCUCCGCCGGACGCCACCGGACGUGCCUCAACACGGCCCAUCAAAUGAUGAAGCAGGGGCCCAAGAAGACAGCGCUGACAAGCUCCUGAAGGAUGUCCGAGAAGACAUGGGAGAGCCAUCUCGGGAUCGACAAGAUAUGCAUCAUGACCACUCGCUCGAUUCAUUCCACAGCGCAUCCCCCAAGACGAUGAACCGGAGUAUCAGAAGUUCGCCUGGCUUUACCUCGCACUCAUCGGAUGAUUUGAAGAGCAAGCUGCAGUUCUCCAGCAUGACCAUGGAUGGCGAGCAAGGCGGCCCUGUGUCUUGUGUCUUGGAGCUCGAAAGCCUGGCUAUGUCUGUCUUCGAGGUGGUCCUUCGGCCAGAAGGGGCCGGGCUGUUAGAUUGGCGAGUCAGGGGUUUGGGCGACAAGUACUUCCUGAACGCGAGGCCGAGCACGUUCAUCGCCAGCAGCGCUACCCCGGCGCCGGGAUCCUAUAACAUGCCGCGGCCCGAGCUCCAGCCAUGCCAAGCCCGCGAUGUCAUUCAAGCAGAUGCCCAGUUUCCUCUCAGGACGCACAACGACCUCAUGUUGAAGAUGGCAACAGGAUUUGGUGGAUUCAACGUGCCGCAUGACGUGCCGGCAUGGCCGAUGUGGUCUCCGAAUGUGUACUACAUGUACUCUGCUUCGUCGACAACUGCAUCGACACCUUUAUCGAUGCCUGCAUCGACGCCUACGUCAUCGACCAACUCGCCUCCCAACACGCCCACAGGGCUGCGCCUGGAGGUCGUGCGCAAAGCCCAUGACAGGGUGGGAUGCCGAGAGCUGCAAGAGCUGCUUCAGUAUGGUACCAAACGCGAGAAAGACGAGAUCCUGCAGCAACUCCACGGCCACGUGGCCGAAGUCGCCCAAUCGCCCCACGGGAACUUUGUGCUUCAGCACGCCAUCCGGGUGCUCUCUUCCGGACGUUUGUAUUUCGUGAUUGAGGAGCUGCUCAGGUGGAAAAACCCUGCUGAGAUUGCCAAGCACAGGUAUGCGUGCCGCGUGCUGGAACGCAUCAUUGAGUUCUUUCCCGCGGAGCAGAGUUUCCCCUUCAUUCAGGAUGUGGUUCGCCACACUGCCGAGCUCGCAUGCCAUGCGAUUGGAAACUACUCCGUGCAACACUGCCUGGAGUAUGGUGGACACAGCUGCUGCCAAGAAAUCGCCAAUGUGGUGCUGAACCAUAUCCACGACUUUGCAGUGGAUCCGAGUGGAUGUGGGGUGGUCAACAAGGCCCUGACCCACGCCAGCCACGUGCACCAAACUUUGAUUGCGGUUGCCAUUGCCGGCAACUGGAACACCUUCGCGCAAAUGGUCGCCAUGCAGAAGGGCUUCGCUGCAACACAGAGCCUCUUUCACGUUGCUCAGCGGGCGCCUUUUCUGGAGCAUCAGGUGCGCCUGCUCUUGCAGGACAAUGUGGGUAACCUCUCGCGCACCAAGCACGGCCAAGCCCUCCUGCACACGCUGCUGGGACCUCAGUACCUGCAAGCAGAGCUCCUUUGGAAGUUUCGAGUCAGCUUCGCUGGUGCCAAUGCUGGGCGUGGUCCUCCUCUGCCCGAGAAUGCUCCUGGACCUGGCGCUUACGAGCAGAGAAGCACCCUGGGAAAGUCGAAGAUGUUUACAGCUCGAGGGCGUCAAGCAAGUUCGUACAUGCGAAGCAGGUCACAGCCAGGACCUGGAGCUUACGAUCCCAAAGUGGGUGCUGUGCUCAUGGGAAUCCCCAAGUGCGGCUUUGGCACCUCCAUACGGAAUGACAUAACGGGUGCUGCAAGAAGUCUGAUGCUGCCUGGACCUGGAGCGUACGACAUGCAAAGCGCAAUGGCGGUUGGAAGUUCACGAUCUGGACAGUUAUGUCACUCCUGGCCCUGGAACCUACAACGCGCACACCACGUCGUUCGUGUAUUGAGGCGGGAAAGUGUAGAACUUCUAGCAUUAUCUUGA